CAUGGCGUCCACAGUGACCGCAACUCCCCCAGCAAGCCCGCGAAAGCUGUUCAAGCCCUCGAGCAGGACCAAAGCACCAACCCCAGUCAAAAGCGCCGCCUCGACCGUGCGGAGCGAGUCAUCUCCUCCUCCUCUUCCUCGUUCUUCCGCGCCUGCUUUUGCGACGCUGCCCAGCAACAAUUCCUUCCAUCUCCCUGCUGCACAGGAGCAGGAACACGGCAACAAACUCCCCGCCGACAGCACCAAAUCGCAUCCCGUCCCGGCCACUCCGAAGCGCAGCUUCUCCACGAGGACCGGGUCCCCCGUCUUCCGGCGCAAGACCAGCACCGCGAGCACGACUUUCUCGGGCUACCGAUCGCCGUCCGCUGCGUCAGAUUACACGACCAGAUCUCUCCGGGCUGGAGGGGAAGGAGAUCGUGGUGACCCGCGCAGCAUUGCGGGAGACGACGACCACGACCACGACGAGCAGCGGCACGAGGCGCCAGGAAAAGUAGAACACUCCGCCAAGCGCGACUUGCCCUUUGACAGCUCCUCCUCGCCUGAGAAGCCAGGGCCGCCGCCGACGACGACACCACUCACGCCGACUCAGAUCUUCAAGGCGCGCGCGCGAAGGUCUGCGAAGCCGCCGCAAGAGCCGCAGGUUGAAGAGGAGGGACAGCAAGGAGAGAAGGAGGAAGAGUCUCCCUCGAGAGCGCCUAAAGAGCGCGAGCGGGUCUCAGAAGCCGAGCCAGCCGCGGAGAAUCUGCCGACUGCGGAGGAGAGAGAGCCGACCACGGAGGACCAGCCAGCGGGAGAAGACCGGCACACGAACGAGGAUCAACUGCCUGCAGAGGAUCGAUCGACUCCCGAAGCUCAUCAGACCGAGGAGGACCAUCUUACGGAAGAGAACCAGCAGAUCUCAGAAGACGAAUCACCGUCAGAGAACGACAAGGAAAUAUUGUCAUUGGAGCCAGCAGAGGACCAAGACGCCGGCAUUGACAGCCUUUCAUCACGAGUGUUUGGCAAUUUGACCUCCGGCGCUUCCACAAUCGCGGAAGUAUUCCAUUCUCCCACCGAUUUGAUCAAGUACUUCACCGACAACGGCCACCCAGAGAUGAGCGACUUUGUCUCCGCCCUGCAAGGCGAGGAGGCCCCGGCAGAGAAGCGAGACGGCGAGAAGAACCAGCCUACUCAAAACCAAAGCAAUGCAGAAGGGACCACUUCAGCCCCCAGGACGAAGCCGAUACGGAGACCGGGCAUCAUGAAGCCCGGAAAGCAGGAGGACGGCACGCAGUUCUUUGACAACAUGGGCCGCCCGGCGAGGAUAGAACGCUCGGUGGACAUCCCCUUGCAGCGUGGAGAGAGGAAGACUGUUGAGCACGCCCCACCACCUCCCGGCAUGGAGAAGAAGCCCGAAGCCAGCAGUCAAGACGAGAACAAAGCAGAACUCGACCAGCUGCCGCAGAUUAAAGAUCUGGCCAGCCCCGACGAUCUGGCCAGCACCGAGCACCUACGCAGCACAGACGAACUGGAAGAUCCGCCGGAGGAGUAUCUCGAUCCAGAGGUCCACUCUCCGCGCUCGUCAGCCAAUGUCACGCCCAUUCCCCGGAUCGGCAGGAUAUCACCGAUACAGAAACCAGAAGGAGGCACGACCAUGAAGCUCCCUGACCUGGCCUCAGGUUUAGAGGGCUACGCAGUCGAUGAUGUGGGCAACGUGGUCAAUGAGAAGGGCAAAGUCCUCGGCUACGUUACAGGCGAUCUGCCAUCCAUGGUCGGGAAGAAAAUUGCCCAAGGCGGCAAAAUUUACGAUGAUAACGGCGAAGUGCUGGGGCAUGUCACGGAGAACUUCACUCUCGCAGGAAUGGACGGUCAAAAUGAAGACGAAGAUGACGAGGAUGAGGAUAGCGAGGAUGAUCUGACAGACGCACUCAACGGCCUGCGUGUUGACCAUGACGGGAAUAUUCUCGACAAGAAAGGAAACAUCGUCGGACGCCUGAACCAGCGACCUGCACCGAGCAGCAGAAAACGACAAGAGCAGAACCAAGAACAACCAUCGAGCCAGGCAAAGGAUACGGAACCAGGCAAGGAGCCCGACGGGAGGAACAAGAACAAAGGUAGAAGUCCCGCAGUGCCUGCGGAUAUCUGUCUCGAUGUCAAGUCCACGUAUGAUGGGAUUCAGAUCAUCAUCAAGAUUCCGACCAUGUUUGAUAAACCGCCACAAACGAUAACUAUAACUUAGAUAAUAAUUGGAAACUGUCGCUUGGCACUCCUGAGGAUAAUAGAGCUUGCGACUUCCCGCGUUCCUGCUGAACAUUGAGUGCGUGCGAUGGGGAGUUGUGCGUAGU